CAGGCCCCAGCAGGGGAGGAGGAGGGGCAGCGGCAAUCCACCCUGCCUCUGCCUGCCACACGGAAAGGCCUGGCCCAGACCAAUGCGCCCGUUUUCACUCUAGUGUAGUGUUGCCACGGCCGGAAGAGGAACCGCUGUCGGCCUGCUCCACCUCCACGGCUCCACCUGUCUGCUCUCUGUCUGUCCCGCGUCCUCCUCCGCAGCACGACGACCGCAUCGCGUUCUACGUUCUCCGCCCUCUCCGCUCCCCCUACUCUGCUUGGUUUCCCAGAAGAUUUGAUUGGUUUCCCCAAAUCCGGUGACUCCAUUCCUGUUGUUCUUCACGUCGACCCCGGGAACCUCCCAGAAGGCUCUAGCGACCCCGGCGCUCUGAGUGCUGUGCUGCCGGCGGCGAGAUCCAGGAGCUGCCUGCCAUGGUGAAGGACAGCGCCUACUACGACGUCCUAGGGGUCAGCGUCGACGCGUCCUCCGCCGAGAUCAAGAAGGCGUAUUACAUCAAGGCGAAGCUGGUGCAUCCGGACAAGAAUCCCGGGAACCCUGACGCCGCACUCAAGUUCCAGGAACUUGGAGAGGCCUAUCAAGUUCUUAGUGAUCCUGGGAAAAAGGAGGCUUAUGAUAAGUAUGGAAAGGAGGGUAUUCCCCAGGAUAACAUGGUGGAUCCUGCUGCUGUCUUUGGGAUGAUUUUUGGAAGUGACUAUUUUGAAGAUUACGUUGGCCAGCUUGCUCUAGCAUCUAUAGCCUCAGUAGAGGUUGAUGAAAACUCAAACAGUCAAGAAGCAAGAGCAAAGGUUCAAGAAAAGAUAAAAGAGUUACAAAGAGAGAGAGAACAAAAGCUUACCCAGAGCCUGAAAGACCGACUUCAACCAUAUGUAGAUGAGAGAAAGGAUGAAUUUGUGAGCUACGCAAGCACAGAAGCUAGGCGUUUAUCUGAAGCAGCAUUUGGUGAGGCUAUGCUUCACACUAUUGGGUAUAUUUACGUGCGGCAAGCAGCAAGAGAACUUGGGAAAAGUAGAAUUUAUAUGGGUGUACCGUUUAUAGCUGAGUGGGUUAGAGACAAAGGACACCACAUUAAAUCACAGGUUAAUGCUGCUUCAGGUGCUAUUUCUCUAAUACAACUUCAAGAAGGGAUGAAAAAGAUGGAAGGAAGCGAGAACAGUGAAGAGCAACUUAUGAAGAGUUUUGAGGAGAAAAAAGAUGCCAUGCUUAGCUCGCUAUGGAAAAUUAAUGUGGUUGAUAUUGAGUCAACACUUUCACGUGUCUGCCAAGCAGUUCUGAGAGAUAACACGGUCUCCAAAGAUGUCCUGAAGCUGCGAGCGAAAGCGUUGAAAAAGCUCGGAACGAUAUUCCAAGGCGCAAAAUCUAUGUACCGUCGUGAAAACAGCCUGCGCGUUGAAACGAGCACAAAUCAGCAAGCUAACCCGUCACACUGAAGCCCAUGGACCACCGUGUAGCAAGGGAUCGGAUUUGGUGAUUUUUUUUUGUGGUUUUGGCCUUUGUUAAUUUGUUUGUCUGCUAACGAUAGCAUUCGGAAAAUGCAAAUCCGGUCUACACUAGUACCCCUCUAUUAAUUUUCUGUAGAUGUGAGCAUUUAACACGAAGCUGUGAAUUGCGCUUGAUGCAGCACUAUAAUCUGUAGCUGUGUUUUUCUUCCAGGAUUUUAAGCAUUGUAUUUGUAUACUUAUGUGCCAAGUAUGUCUUGCUUCAUUUCACUCUGAA